AUGUCCGAACAGCGGACCACCAUUCGUAGGUACCAGUGUUCGCACUGCCACAGGACCUUUGGCAAAGCGGAACAUCUCCACCGCCAUGAACAGACCCACACCGGCUUGCGGCCUUUCGCUUGCACGCACUGCCGGAGAAGAUUUGGCCGGCAAGAUGCUUUGACCAGACAUCAGAGACGAUAUGGGCAUGGAGAAUCUUCCACUGUGUCGACCGGCACAGCGAGAUGUGAGCUUUCCAUGUUGGAGACUUCGCACCCUAGCGGCAGGGAUGAAUCCAUUACACCAGUCCAGGCACAAGGCAUAAGCAGUUCCGCCACGGCAGAAGAAGGCUUAGCGAUGACGGAUGACCAAUUUCUCGAAAUCAACUGGCUGGAUUCGGAGGACCUCCUCCAGACUAUUCUGUCCUCUGAGUUUCCCGAUGUUUCUGUUUCGCACUUUAUUUCGAGUGGUCAGGCAGCCUCAGGGCAACCGGCCACACCAUGGCUGGCCUCAAACGAUGGUCUAAGUGAAGGACGGUAUUCCGCUGUCCAAAACCUCAGCCAGAUCAUCACCGCCGCGUCAACAGAUGUAACGAGCGAAGCACAAACGGCAGGCUUGACGACGGUUUUCCUCGAUGGAUGUCUUCGCAUGUUCUUCACCAGAUUUAUCCCUUCGUUUCCGGUAGUUCACGCUCCCACAUUUACUUUCAAAGAUUGGACACAUCCACUGCUGCUCAACGCAAUAGCCUUGGGUUCGCUAUUUACGGGUCAGAAAGACGACAUUGACAAAGGCGAGAUCCUGUGGCGACUUGCCCACACGACCGUUACCACGUCUUGGCACGAUCUUAUCAAGCAUAAGGGCCCCUUAGGAUUCUAUUGGGCCCGAGAGACUAGAAUGUACGAGAUAGAUUCAAGUAUCUCGUUAGACCCACCGAAUACUCCCACGGCCCCGGAAGACAAGUUACACACUUGGAAGCGCUGGGCGGCUCGAGAGACGCAGUUGAGAGCGCUUCUGGGUCACUAUAUUCUCGAUGGGCUGAUUGCGCACUAUGCUGGAGGAACAACGUCUCAGCGUCAUGCUCAUAAUCCUCUUCCUCCUGCGUGUGCUGAAACAGUUUUCGAAGCGAGCAAUUUCGACGAUUGGUUUUCUAGAAUGCAAACCCCAACUCGGAAGCUGCCACCAUUUCGGGAAUAUUUCAAUUGCUUUUUUUCGCAAUCAGUACUGGCACAGUCUUUCAGUUUCAAGCCGAUGCCACUUUCAGGCCUGGCUGUCUUGGAAGGACUCAAUUCGCUUGUUUUGGAGCGAAAUAACAGCCCUCUGGUGACAGUGGGGAUUCCAUCUCGACUUAUGAUUGCCAGGGCACUAGGAUCGUUCCACGAGCACAUCAUCACCUGCACCUCGAGUUCAGCUAAUGAAAAGCUAGAAGUAUUGUUGAGAUGGCACACGAUCUGUCUUGACGCCGCCACAGAUUCUGCCAUACUCUGCCGAAGCCUCUGUGACAAAUAUGGUAUUGAGCAGAGAAUCUUCGGUGGUGACAGACCCAUACCAAACUUUCAACCCACGCUGUGGGCAAAGUCUCCCAAUGCUAGGCAGGCAUUGUUGCACGCUAUUGCUAUCGGCGAUACCUUGCAGCUGCUUCCUAUAGGCCGGUCUCACGCAUUUCAUGUCCCAUCUGCAAUCUUUGCAGCGGCAGUCACAUGCUGUGGAUUUCUCCUCGCAGGCAUCUCGAGUAUUGCUAUUCCAUGUCAAAUUGACUGGCAGCGAAUGAUGUCGCUCGACCUCGCAAAUGAUAGUCUGUUAGACGAAGAGGUUGAAGGGCAGCUUCGGGCGUUCCUAAGCCAGGCGCCUCUCAGAUCACAUAAGCUUCAUAAUCUCAGCUCCUGUGCGAAGCUGCUGUUGAGCACUCUCCGAAGUUUCUCUCGUCCGUGA